CACGCCCAAAGCAAAACUCGAAGGGUCGCCUUAAAUUCUCAGCACCCAAAAGAAAAAACCCUAAUUUCAUUCUUGCUUUUUUUUUUCUCUCUAUUCAUCAACGAUUCAUAGAGGAGGAGAUACAGAUUGAGGAAAAAGCUAACGUAGAGCUCUAGUUUCGAUCCGAAGGAUGUCUGCGGCCGUGUGCGGGAGCAAGAGGUCGUUCUUCGAGGAGAUUCCGUCACCGCAAUCGGCCUCUGUUUCCAAGAAGCUCCGCCGUUGCUCCCCCUCGUCGCCGUCCUCCAUUUGUUUCUCGACGCCUUCCCCGAUUGAUCAGCUCCGAGUGGUUUUCCCUUAUAUGGACUCCCAGCUUCUGGAGAAAGCACUGCUAGAAAAUGGCAAUGAUUUGGACUCUGCAAUCAAGAGUCUGCAGGAACUUUGCUUAGCAGCAGAGAGAAAAUCAGUUUCUCCUGAGGAAUUCGGUGCUAGCACGGAGCAGGGUAACUUGAACAAUGAUGUAGAUGGAAAUGCUGCUGCUGUUCCUCAGAAUCCUACAGCUGUGGACAACUUUCCUAUUGAUGGUGCUGAAUGGGUGGACUUGUUUGUGGGGGAGAUGAUGAGCUCUACCAGUGUCGAUGAUGCUAAAUCCCGGGCCUCAAGACUGUUGGAAAUAUUGGAGAAAGCUAUCAGUAAGCGUGCUGGUGAUGAGGCAGCACAAAAUUUUCUAAAGGAAAAUGUGAUGCUGAAGGAACAAAUUGAUGCUCUAGUCCGAGAGAAUUCCAUCCUCAAACGUGCUGUGGCUAUCCAACAUGAGCGUCAAAAGGAGUGUGAUGAGAAAAAUCAGGAAUUGCAACACUUGAAGCAGUUGGUGUCUCAAUAUCAGGAGCAGUUGAGAACCCUAGAGGUAAACAACUAUGCCUUAACAAUGCAUUUGAGACAAGCACAGCAAAGCAGCUCCAUCCCAGGCCGUUUCCAUCCAGAUGUCUUCUGAUAUAGUAGUAGCUUUAUUAUAUGGCUGCAGAGUUUGCAAAAUACACAACGUACCAUCAUCACUUCCAAUGUCUUCACCCAAACCCAAAGGGUAGCCUUGUGCCUGUUGUUCUAUCUUCUUUGUUUGGAGUCAGUCUUAUUGAGUUGGAGUCAUAUUGAAGAACUGUUGGUUUAGUUUUCAAUACGUUGGCAAGCAGUUUGAUCUUUCAUAGCAUAUCAGUCAUAUUGAAGUCUCUAUUUACUUCUGCCUAAAAGCGAGUGAUAGAAACCAGUGUUGGUCUGUCGUGGCUUUGGGAACAGUCCUCCUGCUGUACAAGCAUAAGCUAGGCCAAAUUUGUUUGUCUAUUGUUAUUAUUUUUUUUUUUUCCGAAGUUCCGAAGCCAUGUUUGGUUGGAUGAAUGAUUAUUUGGAAUAUGUGUUACAAACUCUUAAAAAUAUGUAUUCGUUGCUUCUUAAUUUAAAAGAAAAAUAUCAUUUGAAG